AUGGCCCGCCUGGCCCCUGCCCUCUGGAGUCUCUGUGUCACUGCCGUCCUGGUCACCUCAGCCACCCAAGGCCUGAGCCGGGCUGGACUCCCCUUUGGCCUGAUGCGCCGGGAGCUGGCGUGUGAGGGCUACCCCAUCGAGCUGAGAUGCCCAGGAAGCGAUGUCAUCAUGGUGGAGAAUGCCAACUAUGGGCGCACAGAUGACAAGAUUUGUGAUGCUGACCCCUUCCAGAUGGAGAAUGUGCAAUGCUACCUUCCAGAUGCCUUCAAGAUCAUGUCCCAGAGGUGUAACAACAGAACGCAGUGUGUGGUGGUGGCCGGUUCUGAUGCCUUCCCAGAUCCCUGUCCUGGGACCUACAAGUACCUGGAGGUGCAGUACGACUGUGUCCCCUACAGGGUGGUGAAAGUUGUCUUCAUCCUUUAUAACAACCUGGGCCUCUUUCUGUCCACGGAGAAUGCCACAGUGAAGCUGGCAGGUGAGGCAGGCUCCGGAGGCCCUGGGGGAGCUGCUUUAGUGGUGAACUCCCAAGUCAUUGCGGCCUCCAUCAACAAAGAAUCUAGCCGUGUCUUUCUCAUGGACCCAGUCAUCUUCACUGUGGCUCACCUAGAGGCCAAGAACCACUUCAAUGCCAACUGCUCCUUCUGGAACUACUCAGAGCGUUCCAUGCUGGGCUACUGGUCGACCCAGGGCUGUCGUCUGGUGGAUUCCAACAAGACCCAUACCACCUGUGCCUGCAGCCACCUCACUAACUUUGCCGUGCUCAUGGCUCACCGUGAGAUCUACCAAGGUCGGAUCAAUGAGUUGCUGCUGUCUGUCAUCACUUGGGUGGGCAUCGUGAUCUCGCUUGUCUGUCUGGCUAUCUGUAUCUCCACCUUCUGCUUCCUUCGGGGGCUACAGACCGAUCGAAACACCAUCCAUAAGAAUCUUUGUAUCAAUCUCUUCCUGGCUGAGCUGCUCUUCCUUGUUGGCAUUGACAAGACCCAAUAUGAGAUCGCCUGCCCUAUCUUUGCGGGGCUGCUGCAUUACUUCUUCCUGGCAGCCUUCUCUUGGCUGUGCCUGGAGGGCGUGCACCUCUACUUGCUGUUGGUGGAAGUGUUUGAGAGCGAGUACUCACGCACCAAAUACUACUACCUGGGGGGCUACUGCUUCCCAGCCCUGGUGGUGGGCAUCGCUGCAGCCAUCGACUAUCGCAGCUACGGCACUGAGAAGGCCUGCUGGCUCCGAGUGGACAAUUAUUUCAUCUGGAGUUUCAUUGGGCCUGUCUCAUUUGUCAUUGUGGUGAACCUGGUGUUCCUCAUGGUGACACUUCACAAGAUGAUUCGUAGCUCCUCUGUGCUUAAGCCUGACUCUAGCCGUCUGGACAACAUCAAGUCUUGGGCCCUGGGGGCCAUUGCACUCCUCUUCUUACUGGGUCUCACCUGGGCCUUUGGUCUCCUCUUCAUCAACAAGGAGUCGGUGGUCAUGGCCUAUCUCUUCACCACCUUCAAUGCCUUCCAGGGGGUCUUCAUCUUUGUUUUCCACUGCGCCCUGCAGAAGAAGGUGCAUAAGGAAUACAGCAAGUGUCUGCGCCACUCCUACUGCUGCAUCCGACCGCCACCCGGAGGAGCUCACGGCUCCCUCAAGACCUCUGCCAUGCGAAGCAACAACCGAUACUAUACUGGGACCCAGAGCCGAAUUCGAAGGAUGUGGAAUGAUACCGUGAGGAAGCAGACAGAGUCAUCCUUCAUGGCUGGAGAUAUCAACAGUACCCCAACCCUGAACCGAGGCACUAUGGGGAACCACUUACUAACCAACCCGGUACUGCAGCCUCGAGGUGGGACCAGCCCUUACAAUACCCUCAUUGCUGAGUCUGUGGGCUUCAACCCUUCCUCGCCCCCUGUCUUCAACUCCCCAGGGAGCUACCGGGAGCCCAAACACCCCCUAGGAGGCCGGGAUGCAUGCGGCAUGGACACCCUUCCACUAAAUGGUAACUUCAACAACAGCUACUCCUUACGAAGCGGUGACUUCCCCCCGGGGGACGGGGGCCCAGAACCACCCCGAGGACGGAACUUGGCUGAUGCUGCUGCCUUUGAGAAGAUGAUCAUCUCGGAGCUGGUGCACAACAAUCUUAGGGGGAGCAGUGGGGCAGCCAAAGGCCCCCCACCACCUGAGCCCCCCGUGCCACCAGUCCCAGGUAGUGGUGGGGAUGAAGAGGCAGGGGCGCCCGGGGGGGCUGACCGGGCUGAGAUUGAACUGCUCUACAAGGCCCUGGAGGAGCCCCUACUGCUGCCCCGGGCCCAGUCGGUGCUGUAUCAGAGCGACCUGGACGAAUCAGAGAGCUGUGCGGCUGAGGAUGGGGCAGUCAGCCGACCCCUCUCCUCUCCUCCUGGCCGGGACUCGCUCUAUGCCAGUGGGGCCAACCUGCGGGACUCGCCCUCCUACCCGGACAGUAGCCCAGAGGGGCCCAGUGAGGCCCUUCCUCCACCUCCUCCGGCUCCACCUGGUCCUCCUGAAAUCUACUACACCUCCCGCCCGGCCCUGGUGGCCCGGAACCCCCUGCAGGGCUACUACCAGGUGCGACGGCCUAGCCAUGAAGGCUACCUGGCUGCCCCAGGCCUGGAGGGGCCGGGGCCUGAUGGUGAUGGCCAGAUGCAGCUGGUCACCAGCCUCUGAGGGGCCCCUUGGACCCAGAGGGCUGGGUGGCCCAGUGCCAGGGGAGGGGGACCCUGGGUAGGGGAGGACUUUGGGGGAUAGAGGGUGGACUAAAUGGAGUGUGAGACAGGCUGUCCUCUCCAGAUGUGCCCCUCACCUAUGGGCCCUACCAUUCCCCUUUGAGGGGACUCUGAAGGGGCAGGGUCCCUGAUGUACAGGGUACACAGGAGUUCCCGACAGCCACAUGCACCAGCUGUUUUGGGGGAGUGUUGUGGGGAUAAGAUGAGGGCCCCCUGGGGGUAGAUGGGCAAGAAAUUGGAGGAGCACAGUCCCUCCUAGAUUCCCUGCCCAGGGGUAAAGCGGUUGCCAAAACCCCACUUUGCCAAACCUUUCAGUGGCUCCUCUCUGCAGCCAGAAACCUUGCAGGCCCCAUCCCAAGGAAGAAUUUCAGGGCAAAGGACAGAUGGACAGCCUUCUGUGUAUCCUCCUGCUCCCCUGAAACUGGGGGUUCUAGCCCAAGGGAAAGCCCCAGGAGGGAGAUUGAGGGGGUGCGGCUAGAGGUUUAAAUGUUGAACUUUCUUCUGAGCCAACUACCCCUCAUUCCCUCCCUGGAAGUAAGCCUGCUCUGAGCUCCCCCCCCCCAAGACUGUACCCACUGACCCCCCCCAGGGUGACUCCUGACUAAGCACAACCCCCCAUGGGGCCCCUAGCCCAUGGGGGUGACCCCUCAGGGGGGGCAGUUCCCAGCUCUGUGGGCUCAGAUCUCUGGGGAGUAGAUUCUGGGUCUGGAACUCUCCCUGGGGGGGAGGGCCUCUUUACCCUUCCCCUCCUCCCCCAUUGCUGUAAAUAUUUCAACGAAAUGGAAAAGAAAAAAAAUUACAAAAAAAAAAAAAUCUCAUCACUUGAAGCCACUGGGAGCCCACAGCCCAGGCCAGCUCUGGCUCUCUACCAACCAGAGCACCUACCCACCUACCUGUCCACCCACCCACCUACCCACCCAGCAGCCAAGACUUCUCUCUGCUUGUGCGUGCAUCCUGGCCAGGUUGGAGUGGGGGCCUCCAUGGCAGCUUUUUACAAUCAAAAGACAGAAAAAAAAAAUCAAGAAGCAAAAGAGACACAACCUCUUUCCUUCCUGGCACCACGUUCCUGUCAUUUCCCUCUGAAUUUAGUCCCUAGUAUCGUCUCUCCUGGGGGAUGUGUCCCACUGCCUGCUCCAGGAAUAGGGACCCAUUGCCCUUCUCCUGCCCUUCCCUCCCUGCCCAGGGGAGACCCCCUCAGACCCAAAGAUGCUUUCCUGAGGUGGCUACACCAUCUCUUUAAGUUGUUAACUGCAAAUUGCUUCUGGGCCUCAGGACCAGCAAAGGGAUAAAGGUGUCAUUUUUCUUUAUAGAGGGGCUAAUGGAAGUUUGGGGGGGAAAAAGGCAAAAACCCCCAGCCCCCAGGUGCUGGAAGUAGGAAAGGGUAUGAUGGGAGUUUGUGUCCAUGGGUUUGGGGAUCAGGGUUCAGAGUGGGGGCAUUUGCUCUCCCUGGAAAGUGUGAGAGGUCCCCAGUUGGGAAGGCAUAGGAGGACACUUCAGUCAGGCUGUUUUUCAAAACCUCCUUUACUUCUUAGAAGCUGGUUUUUUGGAGAGAAUCUGCUCAUGAGUGCCUCUCCCUGCUAUAUUCUAUGUUCCUCUCUAACCUUUUUUCACCAUCCUCACCUAACCAGUCCUCUCCAUGCCUUCUGGGGUGGAAAUGGAACAGCCCAGCUGUGCAGGGUUGCUACAAUGUGCUGAUCCCUGGAGUCCCUCAUGGCCAUUUCCCCAAAGGGUGGCCCCCCCAUUUCUGCUCUCUCCACCUCACACGCACCCCCUCCCUACCACUUUUCUCACAAAGUGCCCUGAGUUUUCUAACAUCUUUGGGUCUCAGCCUGCUGCUGCCAUUAACUUCUUGGUUUGGGGGACAGGAGCUCCAGGGAGUCACUGGGGAAUAUGUGUGGUAGGAGGAGAGAUAGGGGGUCUUGGGGAAUUCUUUUUGCUGCUAGAAACCCCCCUCCCUCCUCCUGGGGAGCUGGGGCUGGCUUGUCCCCAUCAUGUGGGGGAGAAGGGGUCAAACCAAAGAAUGGUGGCUUUGUCCCACAUUGGGGGCAGGGGUGGGGAAGGCAGCUAGGACAAUGACAUGGUUGGGCUCCAUCUUGGGCUCUCCUAGGUAAGGCUGAGUGUGGCCCUGUGGUGGAAGUGCUAAAUUCACUUCCCCAGGAACCCCUGGGCUGGAUGGCAGUGAGGUCAGGUUGGGGAAGACAAGGACCAUCGGAUGGCCCUGCAUCACCAUUUCCCCCACACAACAUUCCCCUCUUUCUGUGCUUGGGAGAGACUUGGGGCAGGAGCUAUCCUCUGGCUCAAUUUUCUGGUUGUGGCAAAGGGCCACCUGGGUCAGAGAGGACUGUGAAAAAGCUGAGUUUGGAGGGGGAGAAGGAGAGAUAGAAAAGGGAUGUGACUGAUGAGGGAGCUGGUAGGUGGAAGGCCUAGGGGGCCCCCUACCCUUCUUGCCUCAAACUUGGGGUAGACAUAUGACACCAGCUGGGGAUUGGGAACUCCUGGGUUUCUUUGGAACCUAAAGGAAUGUAAGGAGUCCUGCUUUCCCCCUACUCCUGCCCCCCUUAUCUCCCCUGACAUGGACAAUCAUGGGGGUAGGGUGAAUCAAGUCAGUAGGUUCCCAUCUAGCAGGGACAGGGAUAGCAACAGCAAGGGUUCCUAGGCCUCACGGCUGCAUGGCAGGGCCCCCUGGUGGGGAUACAGACACCAUCGCAGCCCAGCUCCAAGCCACCCUAGAGAACCUAACUGUUCCCCCACCCCAACCAGCCCUGGUGCCUUGACACCCCCACCCCAGCUGGGACAGGACCCACUGUAUAGAGAAGGUUCUUGGUUUCCUCCCCCUACUCUCCUUUCCCUGGGCUCAUGAGUUCCUUCCCUCUUACAAUUUUGUGGGAGGCAGUUUCUGGAUUUUGAUUUCUCUUGGUUCCCUUGCCUUCUUUUCCUUUUUUCUGUCUCUGCCUCUCCUUCCCUCUGUCUGUCUUUCUCCUCUGUGUCUCUCCCAUCUGUCUUGUCUUCCUCUUACCCUUCUUUUCACCCUUGCUUUCUCUCUGUCCGUUUGGGCUUCCCUCCUCCUGUCCUCCCGCCACCCACCUGCCCCACCUUGGUCUCCUCCUUUUCGAUAUGCCAAACCAAUUUUGGGUCGAGUGCAUUUAACGAGAACAAAACAAAAGACUCAUAAAGACAACGAGUACGUUUCAAAAAAAAAAAAACUUCCAAAAAAAAAAAAGAAACCAUUGUCGAGUCAAAAAAAAAAAUCAAACAAUAAAGAAAAUAAGAUUUCUUGGAAUGUCUAGAGCGGAGUGCUUUAUUUCAGAGUGCAAAAUGGGGAAAUAGGUGGGGGGAACCAAAGUUAAGAAGGACUCAAAUAGCAGUCCCAGCUGUGGACAGUGAUAAAUUCUUUGGGAUCCUUGUAUCUUGGGAUAAAGCAAUCCAAAGAGGAAAUGGCAUUUUCC